AUGACCAGGUAUUCCCCGGACAGUGAGGCGCCAGCGGUCAUCGUCUUGACUUUGUUCUUGAUGGUGACAUCCAUCCUGGGCUCGCUAGCAAGACUCGGGACCAAAUGGUGGAAAUUUGGCAGUCUCUUUCAGGAUGACUACCACAUACUCCUUGCGCUGCUCAUGUCAAUUGCUCAAUCGGUGGCCGUUUCAAUCGCAGUUCAGAAUGGCUAUGGAGACCAUUUGACAAAGCUGGGCGAUACAAAAGUUGAAAGUAUCAUGAAGUCGCAAUACGUCGCUACCAUGUUCUACAUCCUCGCUAUCGCUUUCUCUCAGCUCGCCUUUCUCUGCUUUGUCCAACACCUUACUCCCACCUCUCAGAGCCGGGUUGUGUUUCUCGCUCUGCAGAUCAUCAUCGCUGCCUGGGCAAUAUCAGGGAUCUUUGCCUCCGCGUUUCAGUGUCAUCCAGAUCGAUGGGACUAUCUACAUGGCAGUUGUUAUGAUCGAGAAGCAUUCUUCAUCUAUCUGGGGGUUUCGAACAUCUUCACCGACGUGGCCAUCAUUGCGCAGGCCGUCCAGGUUAUUGCCAUUGUGCAGACAACCUGGAAGAGAAAAGCCAAUAUCAUGGCCGUCUUUUUGUUUCGCGUGAUUGUCCCUGGAGCAUUGAUUGCCCAAGUCUAUUUCGUCCAUCGCACCAUCAAUUCGUCCGAUCCCACCUCCGAGACGUGGUCGGUCACUGUUGCCUCCCAGUUGGUGCAGUGUCUGAGCAUAGUGACGGCCAGCGCACCGCAGUUUAUCCCCUUCCUCAAGCAACUCCAGUCCACUGGCAUGAGACUCGACGGAAUGACUCGCUACACGCUCUCCAGCCAGCAGAAAUCGUCCCGCACCAAGUACUUCCUCUCUGCCGAUCGAAGACGCACUGGCAAUGAGUCCACCCAUGAACUCGAUAAUAUCCCCCUGGCAACAACCAAAACGGUAGUCACAUCGAAUAUAAAUGGCACAGAAGAUGACCAUGAUGACGAGAGCCAGUCGAGUCAAACAGGCAUCAUCCGCGAGACUCGGACAUGGACGGUGACGGAGGAGCAUACAUGUCUUCCUGGUCACGGCGGAUGA